AUGUCAGAAUCCAUUCAACAAAGUCUGACUAAACGAAUUGACUUGUCGCAGUCUCGAUAUGAUCAGUCGACUUAUAUGGGUCGUCUGCGUCACUUUUCAGAGAUUACCGAUCCUCGCAAUCUGUUUGCUAGCGAGACGGAACUGCAAGCUGCCAAAACGCUCGUACAGAGUUACAAAGCAGGCAAUUCGACGCCCAAUGUCACUGAAGAGCAACUCUGGAAAGCCAAAAAGUUGGUCGAUAGCACGUUUCAUCCAGAUACUGGCGAAAAAGUGUUUCUUCCUUUCCGUAUGUCAUCGUAUGUGCCAACUAACGUACCCAUUAUUGCUGCCAUGUUGUUGCCCAACCCAUCUGUUGCUGCUAUUAUUUUCUGGCAAUGGAUCAAUCAGAGUGCCAAUGUUGCCUUCAACUAUUGUAAUGCAAACAAGACAACCGAGAUGUCCACGACUGAAACAGUUGGAGCGUAUGCUGGUGCGGUAGGUGCAUCGUGUACGAUCGCAGUGGGACUAAGCCAAUGGCUAGCUAGAUCCAAAGGAUUAUCGCCUAGUACUCUUACUCUUUUAUCCCGUGGAGUUCCCUUUGUAGCUGUAGCCACGGCAGGUACACUCAAUGUUUUUCUCAUGCGUCAAAAGGAACUCAAAGAAGGCAUCCAAGUGCAAGAUGCUACAGGAACGAUUCUUGGUAAAUCUCAAACUGCUGGAACUCAUGCUAUAGGACAAGUUGCAGUGAGUCGAGUUGUGACUGCUGCACCAGCACUGUUUAUUCCUGGAUUGAUCAUGUCGCAAAUGGAACGAACGAGCUUAUUUAAACGAUUUCCAAGAUUAGUUGCACCCUUCAAUUUGAUCACUGUUGCGGGAUCGUUAUUGGCUGCUUUACCUUGUGCAAUUGCUCUGUUUCCUCAAGUUGCCUCUAUUGGAGUGGAGAAACUUGAACCGCAAUUCAAAGGAUUGGUUGAUGCAAAUGGGAAACCUGUUGAGCGAGUGUUUUUCAAUCGUGGACUGUAG